AAUGCACGGGGGUGGGUUCAAUAGUAAGUCGGCCUUGAGACUUUUUGUACGAUCUAUACAUUCAAUCAUCAAAUGCUCUAUAUAUGGCCACUGCCUCUCUAUUUUUAAUCCAUGUAUGGAAGUCUUUAGUGUCUAUCUUUCUCUGCAACCUUAUUCUUAAAACAUAUUUAAGUUUCAUACGUGAUCAUCUGCUCCAAGAAUGGGUAGCUCUGCAUGUUGCAACAAGGCGGGUCUGAGGAAACGGCCGUGGACUCCUGAAGAAGACCGAAAACUCUUUGACUACAUUAAACAACAUGGCCGUGGAAACUGGCCUACGUUGCCUGCAAAAGCUGGACUCCAAAGAUGCGGGAAGAGCUGUAGAUUGAGGUGGAUUAAUUACCUUAGCCCUGACAUCAAAAGAGGAAAUUUCAGUUUGCGAGAAGAACAUACUAUCAUUCAACUCCAUGCUCUUCUUGGAAACAGGUGGUCCGCCAUAGCAGCUCAUUUGCCGAAAAGAACAGACAACGAAAUAAAGAACCACUGGAACACACGUCUCAAGAAGAGACUAACCAAGAUGGGAAUUGAUCCUGUGACCCAUAAGCGGACAACCAACGCACUCGGUUCCAUCAUUGGUCAGUCCAGUGACGCCACGAAAUUUGACCACAUGGCUCAGUGGGAGAGCGCAAGGCUUGAAGCCGAAGCCCGGUUUGUGAGAGAGACGAAAACAGUGUCAAAACAUCCAUUAGACUCUUCUUCGGCUCAGCUUAUCACGAAAGGAGGGGUUGGACAAGCUAGACCAGAGUGUCUUGAUGUCCUAAUAGCAUGGCAAGGACUGACUUCAGGCAUGUUUGGGAUAGCUAAAGACAGCCUCAAGUCGCCGGCCUCAACAUUAAAUAUCCUAGAAAGCACGCUAACAAGGCCUGGGGCAGAGCUAUAUUGUUCAUCUUAGGCCCCAAAAAACUUUUUUAAAUUUAUAUAGAAGUUAGUCAAUUUCAGAAUGUGGAUUCAGUUUUUGGGUGUAAUAUUGUUUGAAAUGGAAGAUUAGACCAAUUACAAUUGGUGGAAUAUUAAAGAAUUAUUGAGGUAAAAAAGAUACAAUACACUCAUUGCCAC